UAUCUAUGCAAUCUACUCAAGGUUCGGUUAGGCGGGCGUGGUUAAAAAGCUCUUUCAAUCGAUGAGCCAUCGUUCACAUGGCCAAAAUGUUUCCAAAAAACUUUUCGGCAUCUUUGGUUGCAAGCCCAAUAUUAAAUUCUUUGGUGGCUCAUCCCAUUACUCCUUAUCUCGAGCUCGCAGACAUUCUAUACAUCUUCUUGGUGGCGUUCUCUGUUAGGGCCCAUAAAGCUGGGAUCUCUUACAAGAGCAACUUGAGCUCAAAUGCCAUGGGAAAACAACUCUCCUGUCGUGUUCACCCAAUCUAUGUUCGAUAUUACCGAGACUCUCCCUUAAAUCCAAUAAGGUUGUUCUAUGCUAAUGAUCCAUUGACUUCUCCGUGUUAUAUAAACAAACGCAUCACGUUCAGAAGCAGACAUCUUGCAAGCUUUAUAAUUUUCGGUCCACCAGGCUCAGCUAGAUUGGUUCUAAUCGUAAAUGACAAGGUUCAUCGUUAAAUGUACACACAUUACAAACCUGUUUUCCCCUGUUGGUGUCAAAUGCUAACAAAUGGUGAGGGCAGGUGCCUGUUCAUUGAAAAGAGUGGGGGGCAUGUCUUGUUUCAGCGAACUUCACAGCAGUCCUGUUGGUGGUUUUUAUUUCCGUCGCUUCCAUUGGCUACUGUCGUUUUUGCUAUUGAAAUUUAUCGCGGCAGGUGCCGCUGCUGCCUUAUGAUUUUUCAAUUUAUUGCUGUAUCUUGUUACUUAGUUUUAAUAGUAGUAGCAUUCUUUCCUGAGCUUGAUUAUAUCGAAUAUUUUGUAGUGGAUGAAAAGCUGUUUAUGCCAGGCAAGCCCUGAGAUCUUUUGUGCUGUUCUUAUGAUCUACCCAAAAACCUCGAAACUU